AUGACGCACCAGAUAUUAGAAAGUACAAAACAACAAGCAACUUUAACAGGCAGACAGCGCCGGGCCUACAGGGAUUAUCUCUAUUUGGUAUACCUGAGACUCAAGCCAGUAAGACUCCGUGACGGAACACCAUGCCCUAGGCGAAACCAUAACCUUCAUCUAGCAGAAGUGGCGUUUGUUUUGAGGCACUGGCUUGUUCCGCAAGUGGUCGGAAACGAGAGUGUCAUAUGUCAUGCGUGCAUAUUCAACGAGUAUAGAGUGUACCUAUGA